AUGUGCAGACUUGACCGUCACCGGCACCGCACGGCCGCUCAGGCCUAGAAUAACACCACUAAAAGUCAGUAGCAAGGCUCAAGUGUGCUGCCUCUAGGAACCAAAGUAGGCAGGUGUGACUGACUAGGAGCUCAAUCCAGUUGGAGCUGUCCAGGCUUGCACACAGCCGACGCAUAGCAUCGUGAUAGCAAAGUUGCCUAAGCCUUCUGCACUCGAAUGGGUAGCAUCAUUAUUAUGUAGUGAGAAGCUCAAAUCGCAAGUUGGACUAUUUUUUUGAGUGUCCUUACGUUUUGGGUACCACCUAGUUCGGCAAUAUUACCAAGAUUCGAUGCAGGUUGUUUGGGAGAGCCACAUUUCGCUAAAGGGAUUCCCCAAGAUCGGUCGGAACAAAAUGGACUUGCUGCGCUUCUUCCCAGUAGCCACUGCCCUGCUGCUGACGUCACAUGCCUUGUUUGUACAUGCAUCGACCGGUCUCCAGCAGCCCAGUGAGCAGGUAUCUGCACAAGUCGAACGGCAAGCCGGACUCUCAGUGGAGCCGUGGUUCAGGUGCAUCAACAUAACAGGUGCUCUUGUUCCACUGGAAACAUCACCGGGCUGGGGCUGGGAUGCGCUUAGCGAAAAGAAAUUGGGAUUCAUCCCUGAGCGGAGCUGGGAUCUGUGUCAGACUACACCAGAUGGCAAGUACAUUCUGCCGGACGCAAUGCAGGCAAUACCUAUCAAGACCAGUAAAGUCAAGCAGUAUUCCGAUGUGUAUGAGUCCUUCAGCGUUUUCGAGUCUACCACGGCAAGUUCAUCGACGACGGCCAAAUUUCCGAUAAUUGGUGGAACUUACUCCGAUGGCUUCUAUGAAAACAAGAAGAAUCAGGUCGCCCAUAAGUCAGUGACCACACGCUCCGAGGUGCGUCAUGAAUUCUACAAAAUAAAGGUCAAGCCAGAUGCCAAACUCAAUCCGCAGCUCACAAACCGUCUACUUAUCAUAGGUGACAUGAUCCACAGCAACAGAAGCAAGGCGGCCAGACACGAGAUCGAGCUGAUCAUUAGAGACUUCGGAACGCACAUGCUCCGAGAGAUCACAUCCGGUGGCAUUUUCCAGCAGGAAGUUCAGGUUACUCUAGAUUAUGCGAAAAAUUCGGAAGCCACUCCUGCCAAUAUCCGAGCUGCAGCUUCCUCCACAUUCUUCAGCAAGGUCGGAGUGCAGUUCAACUAUUUCGUCAACGCAAGGGCGAAAUCACAGUUUCUCAAUAACGUCACCCAGUCCUCAACCAGGACAUUCGGUGGCAAGCCAUAUGUGCCACAGAUGAACGUAUCGGAAUGGGAAGAGGAUUUGUCGAGCUCUCUAGCAGCCAUCAAGAGCCGACCAGAACCGAUCGAGUAUAUUAUCACGCCGCACACCGUACCAGAGCUACCGGCGCCCACUGUGAGACAGAUAUCUAAUGAAUUGGCCGAAGCUUCAGCGAAGUAUAUCGAUAUAAACACACACCAAGGAUGCACAGACGUCAAUGCAGCAAACUUUGACUUCAACGCAAACUUUGCAGAUGAGACCCUGUGUCGUCCCAUUCCCCACAAUUACACGUUCGGUGGCAUUUACCAGACGUGCACGGUGAAGAACGGGCAGGGCAAAACGGAUUUCUGCAAGCCUUUCCUGCAGAAGAACCCAAGCACUGGUGAUUUCAGCUGCCCACAAACAUAUGAGCCGGUGCUUCUGCACGAAGGAUUCAAAACAACAAAUUGGGACGAAAGGAGUUGCGGCGAUUUCAAAAGAAUAUGCUUUUGGGCAAAAUUUGUCCCUUACACUUGCUAUAAGUGGGAUUGUCAAACAAUAUUUUACGCCUCUUCAGCUGUGUACAAGACGUACUGGUGUGUAAACGUCAACAAAGUAGCGGCCCGGUCCGGCUACCUCUUUGGAGGCCUCUACACGGAGCAAACGCCUAACCCAGUAACCGAACAGUGGAAUUGUCCCAAGUAUUUUUAUGCAUUGACAUUUGGCAACGGAUGGAAGAUUUGCAUCAGCAACAACUACGACAAGGCGCCCGAAAAUGCGCGUCCGCUCGGAGGCUUCUACAGCUGCUCAAUGGGAAAUCCCCUUCCCUUGCUUCUAGGUGCGCCCACUGCCCCCUCGCUUCUGUCCGAGGUUGGCUUCGAUGCCAUAACUGGACCUGACAGUUGGCCAAAGCGCUGCCCAGUUGGGUACUCUGCCCGAUUGGUCGGCAUCGAUGAUGGCUGCUGGAUCGAGUACUGCACGAAGGACAAACCAAGCUUCAUACCGACCCGGCCUCGACUGAUCAGACCUCCGUAUGGCAGGCCCUAUCCACCGCCGGGCAAUCAAACGAUUGACGUGACGGAGAUAAACGGACCAGGAGGACCGUUGUGGAGCAAGAAUCUUAUGACGGGCGUUUGGAGCAAGGUACAUCGUAACCAAGCGACAGACAACGGCCAAUUGCAGGACAGUUUUCUUGACAGCACGUCUGACUCCAGCAGCACCCUGCUUUACACUCUCGUGCCAGCAGGCGUAGUUUUCUCUGUCCUCGGCGUCGCUCUACUGGCCGCACGCCGCAAGAUCGGACGGCUUGAAACGGAGAAGGCCUUGUCUAAACGCCCACGCUCACAUAAUCCCGACGUCCUCUUCUCCGCCUCGCCUGGUCCAGAAAAUGAUGUCACCAGGGAUCCGGGCCUGAAAAAGCUGGCGGAAUCGUUCCCAGCCACCUCCACACCGCCGCCUCAAGUCAAGCAAAUGCAGCCUGAAGCCACUAACAUCUACGAGUAGAUCCUCUUCAAGCACAUUUUUUGUGGAUGUAUUAUGCAUUCUAAAUUCGUACGAAAAUGUCUAUUUUCUCAAUAUCUCCAUUCGAGCAAACCUAAUAAAUCCGUUGUGCAUUGCUGCAGACCAUACCAGUGGUAUUCUAUUCAUAUUGGAGAUUGUAUCUUCUUUAAACGCAAGGUAGUCACAGUACAUGUAUACACCGUUGUCACUGACAACAGGGCUGUGUUAGUAUUCGCCCUGCAAAACUGUCCCCAGGCAAUGUGUUUCAAUCUUAACAUAGAUGUAGCAUCCAUCGAUCUAUUCUCCUGCCUUGCCAGCAUAAUUCUAUACAUGACUUUGCACUCUGCCACCCCUGCGCAUUAGCGAUAUUGUUUUCUUUCGCUAUAUUGGUGAUAUUGUUUUCUUUUGCUUUCAAUCUCAUGAUUGGUAUAGCUAUGAUUGAUCUUCUCUCA